AUGAUAUCAUGCCGCCCUCCCGCCACUAAGGCUGAUCGAUAUGGUACUAUUAACAAGGGGCCUGGAGUCAAUAACAGUAACAGUGGCUUGUGGAAGCUGAUUGGUUUAAAAGACGGAGAGAUUCUACAUUUGGUCAUAGACUUGAUGUCACAUCGUCAUAGACAGACUGACAACGCAACAAAAGGACCAACAGCGCAAAAAGAUUUGUGAAACAGAUACAACUUGGAGAAAAAUAUUCGAGAACAAAAUAACCGAAGAAAAAAUACUGAAAUAAUCUUAGAAGAAUUGUCACUGCAAAGAAUAAUUCUCCCGAGAAUAUUACAAUUCAAGUACAGCACUAAUUAACUGAAGAAUCCCUAAUAGACAACAUGUCCGAAUUGCAGAAAAUCUUGGCAUUUAACAGUUUUGACAAACGACCCCAACUCCUCCCAGAAUUCUUCUUUUCCGAAAAAGAUUCAGCUGGACUGAGUAUGUACGAUAUGCCCGAUGGUCAGAUAUCAGUAGCCAAUGGUGUAUCAGAACAGGGGGAAGACUGUAUCGAUGCUUCACAAUUUCCUUGUAUGGUUUCUGAUGUCCCUCCACAGUAUGGUAUAGGGCUAAUCACAACUCAACUAGAUGAAGUAAAAAUAUCAGACAUUGAUGAUGCUCGGCAGAAGUUAAUAGACAAUGUCUUAGAAAGUGUUGAAGCGGCACAUAUGGACACUUGCGCAUUCACAAAACCAAAACUUGAAGUAGCUUUUAAAGCAUUUGCAGAAAAGAAAAUGCCUAUGCCUGACCCAUCCAAGAUGGCUAACAUGCCAAACAAUAUGUGGGAGGAGAAGUUCAUGUCCAACAUGGUCCCGGUGAUCACGAGGGUAGUGACAUUCUGCAAACGACUUCCAGGGUUUCAAGAGCUUGCACAAAUUGAUCAGAUGAGACUCAUCAAACAGGGUUCAUUUGAGAUUGCACUCGCUCGCUUUACUCCACUCGUAGAUGAAGUGAGUGAUGCAAUGUAUGACCCCAACAUUGAGGUGAAAAUACCAAGGAAAAUGGUACAGAUGUUGCCCAUGGGAAAAUUCCUGAAUGAAUUCUUCAGCUAUGCCGCUGUGGUGAAGCCUCUUGAGUUAUCUGACUUUGAGAUGGGACUUUUGACCACCAUCUUAAUACUGUGCCCAGAUCGACAUGGCUUGACUAACAAGAAAGCAGUAUUUAAACUACAGGGUCUAUACUUACAAGCGAUGAAACAGCACAUAUCUAAAACACAUCCAGAUGAUAGCGAAAGACUAACUAAGAUCUUGGACACAAUAUCACCACUUCGUAGUAUUAACGACCGUCAUGCCAAAUCUCUCCAUCAAAUGAAGAAAGAUGCUUCUGAACAAUUGAGCAAUAUGCCUGUCCUCCAUGGCGAGGUUUACGAUGGCAAAAUCUAAGAUUUUCCCUGAAUCUGAACAUUGUCAAAAGUGCAACAAAAAUGUUGAGUCUGAGGCAGGUUCCUCGUUGCUCAACUCUCAUUUAUUGUACAAAAUUAUCAUGAAAAACAUGAUUUCCAGAAAUACUAAAGAAAAUUUUGAAAUCAAAUGAUUUCCAGAAAUACUAAAGAAAAUUUUGAAAUCAAAUAGUUCAUUGAUUUAAAAAGAAAAAAUGAUUUAAAAUCAAGAAAAUAGUGAAAUUAGAAAGAAAGAAAUAUUCCAAGAUAAAGUCGAUAAAAAACUUUCCAAGAAUAAUAAUGAAGAAAAAUUUCAAAUCAAAAUAAAAUCGAUUGAUAUUAUUUACGAAGUGUAAUGAUCUGAA